AUGACCUACGGCGAGAGGCCCGAGGCGACUCCGGAGCAGAGUCCUGUCACGGCGGGCUUCAAGGCGAACUUCGUCCGGGGCGGGCUCGUCUUCAGCACUCACCACCAUCAUUACUCCCAAGACGUCAUGGCUUGGGCUGGCUUCAUCCACCAGCUGGCCGAGAACUGUUCCGCGUUCAGCAAUGGCACUCCUUACCCUUCAUGGGACCCGGCCUGCAAUGAUGUCUCUCGCCUUCUCAAGCCCGAGCCUGCGGAGGAGGAGAAAGUUGACGGGCCACCACCACCUGAUAGACACCCAGGCCACAAAGUCGGUAUCUGCCUUCUCUUCCAUCUACCAAAGAGCAAAACCGCUCAGCUGAAAGAGCUUGCAAAGCCCGAGGACGGUACAUGGAUCUCGACUUACGACGCCUUUUCCGCCUUCAUGUGGCGGCACAUGACACGUCUUCGAGCCCCGGUGUUCAAAACUCCUCCAGAUUCAAAACUCUUCUGGUGCGAGACCAUUGACAUGCGUCGACGUCUACAUAGCCCAGAGGUGCCCGCUCGUACUCAGCAAAACAUCAUGUACGUGGCCAUGUCGACUACCGCACCCGUGGAACAACCCACGGUAUCGGAGGUCAUAUCAGACUGGCCGUUCUGGCGCAUAGCACGCUACAUACGCCAGUUGACGGACAGCGUGACACAAGAGAGUCUCAACGAAACGCUCAAGAUGGUGGCGACGGUCCGCGUGAAGUCGAGUCUCAACUCGAGGAUCGAUUCGCAUCCGCCCAUGUCGACCAUUGUGGUAGACCACCGUCACGCCAACAUUCCUUCGGCAGACUUUGGCUUCGGGAAGCCGGCGACUUAUCGAUAUCUGAUGGGUCGAAUUUCUGAGAGCGGAGUUCUUGUCUACCCGCCUCGGGAUCCGACGCCUGAGUCAGAUGAGGGCCCGCAGAUUGCCAUCAUGUAUGAGAAGGAACUGGCUCAGGCGCUCAUCGAGGACCCUGAGUGUAACAAGUUCUUCGAAUAUAGGGGUGUUGAUGCCGAGCAUACCGAAGCGUAG